AGGAGCGCAGGGCCGCGAUCGAGAGGCAGCGGCUGCAGUGGCUGGUCCGCGACUUCUCCCACGAGGUGGUGGGCCCCGGGCUGGAGGUCGAGGCGCGCUCGCAGUCGCUCCGCGACGGCGCCGGUGGCGCCGAGGGGUGCCUGGAGGCGAGGCUGCGCAUGGACCGGCGGCUGGGCCAGGUGGAGCUGUGGCCCGUCGGACGGCACGAGGGUCUUCGAGAAUCUCGGGCUGCGCUCACCAUCCACCUCGCAGACAUCGAGCGGCUCAUCAAGGGGGGCGAGCAGCCGGGCGCCGAGCUGGCGACGGCGGGCAGGCGGCACACGAGGCGCCAAAGUGCGGGCGCCACGCAGGCGACCGAUCGCCUGCUGAGCCGCCUCGAGUACAACGCAAGCCUGACAUUCAUCGGAAAAUCCGCGGAGCUUGUCAGGCUGAUCUUCGAUACCCCUGCUGCCCGUGACCGUGCCUACACCUGCUUCAGGAUACUCCAGAUAUCUGCUCAGGCGGCGGAGCCCUUCGCCGCCGCGUGAGCAGCCGCGGCACUGGCAUCUCGCUCGCCCGCGAGGAAAAACAUCUCCGACUG